UCUUAGCAAAUAAGUUGGCCAACAAAGCUAUGGAAACCACGCCCUCUCUCCUUAUCCUAGCUCUAUCUUUCUCUGAUCUCUGGCUCUCUCUGUUGUUGGGUCGAAGAGGAAUGGCUUUCCCUAUUGAACUCAAGGUCCUUAUAAGUACUGUUCUAGCCUUAAUCCUUGUUCCUCCAGCUUCUAGUCUUAAGAAUAAUCAUCACUACUGUCCUCCUUCUUCCUGUGGCAAUAUCCCCAACAUCAGCUAUCUGUUUCGACUAAAAGGCGAUCCACCAAACUGUGGAGACCAAAGGUAUGAGCUCUCAUGUGAUGAUAACAACCACACGUUGUUAUCUUUAAAUGGUAGUAAAUACUACGUAAGCCAAAUCAAUUACAACAACUACACAAUCCGAAUUGUAGACUCAGGUAUUCAGGAGGAUAAUUACUCCUUCAUCCCUCGUUAUUUUCUAAACUACUAUAAUUUCAGUUGGAGUUGGCCGGACUGGGAUAUUUCACUUUUUACAGAAGUUGUGGUUAUUGUGAACUGUGACAAGCCAGUGAGUUGGGCUUCCCCUUUCUAUUGGAACACGACUUCUAGGAAUUGUUCUAAUAUUAAUAAUGGAUAUGGGUCUUCUUCCAACUCCUUUUUUUCUCAAUAUUCCAAACGGUACAUAUAUCUUAUUGCUCGUGGAGCGAAUGUGAUGGAUGUGGAGGAGUCAUGCACGAUAGAGCAAAUCUCUCUGACAUCGUGGCCAGGACAAAUUUCUGCUGAUCCUAAUAUUUCCUGUACAGACAUCCGCAAUGUAUUCUCAUAUGGUUUUGAGCUUUCUUGCGACCGAUGGGAAAAUGUACCUACUUGGGUUAUUUUCUUAGAAGAACAGGUCUUUACUGCAGCUUAUUAUACUGGAUUGUUAUGGCUCAUCGCUUAUGGUCUUGGAGUCUCAGGGAACAUCGGACCCCUACCAAUCUCACAAUAUAAUUUGGUAGGUUUAUUAAUUGGAUUACUGAUCGAUUGGCAUGUGGCAAUCAGUGUAUUAGGUGCUCCAUUUGUGAUUGCAUUUUUGAUAUAUAAAUGGCGAAGGAGGCACUUAUCCAUGUACAAUGAUGUUGAGGAAUUUCUGCAAAGCCAAAAUAACCUCAUGCCAAUAAGGUACUCUUUCUCAGAAAUUAAGAAAAUGACCAAAGGUUUUAGGGAAAGAUUGGGUGAAGGAGGAUUUGGCACAGUAUUUAAAGGAACACUUCGAAGUGGACGUCUUGUAGCAGUAAAGAUGUUAAGCCAAUCCAAAGCAAAUGGGCAAGAUUUUAUCAGUGAAGUAGCAACCAUUGGAAGGAUCCAUCAUGUGAAUAUAGUGCAACUCAUUGGUUUUUGUGUUCAUGGUUCAAAGCGUGCCCUUAUAUAUGAGUUCAUGCCCAACGGAUCUCUAAACAAACACAUUUUUUCAUCAGAGGCAAAUAUCCUCAACUACGAGAAAACAUAUGAUAUUGCUUUAGGAGUGGCUCGCGGGAUUGAGUAUUUACAUCAAGGAUGUGACAUGCAAAUUUUACAUUUUGACAUUAAGCCUCACAACAUUCUUCUUGAUGAAAAUUUGAAACCCAAAGUUUCAGAUUUUGGCUUAGCAAAAUUGUACCCGGUGGAAGAUAGUAUCGUUCCUUUGACUCGUGCAAGAGGAACGUUUGGAUACAUGGCUCCUGAAAUGCUUUACAAAAAUAUUGGAGGCGUUUCAUACAAAGCUGAUGUCUAUAGCUUUGGAAUGCUGUUGAUGGAAAUGGUGAGCAGAAGAAAGAACUUGCAUGCAUCUACAGAACAUUUAAGCCAAAUUUACUUCCCCACUUGGAUAUAUGAUCAAUUCCAUGAUGGAAAGAAUAUAGAAGUUGAAGAUGCUACUGAAGAUGAAAGAAAACUAUGUAAGAAGAUGAUGAUAGUUGCAUUAUGGUGCAUACAAUUGAAGCCUAGCGAUCGUCCAUCAAUGAUGGAAGUCAUCAAAAUGCUUGAAGGAGAUGUUGAAUGCUUACAAGUUCCUCUCAAGCCUCUCCAACCAUCACCAAAGAGAGCGAUAAAGGGUGCUAGAGAUAAUUCAAAUCAAGCUUCAUCAUCAAUUCAAUCAGAUGAAUCAAGCCUUGCUUAAUUUUUA